GACAUGCCAAGAGGAUUCUGUAUAAAAACGGAGCAAGUCAGAGCACUUCAGCUCCAACUGUUCUAUGUUUAGAACUGCUUCUCUUUCAAGAUGGAUUUCCUUCAUAGGAAUGGCGUGCUACUUAUUCAGCAUUUGCAGAAGGACUACCGAGCUUACUACAAUUUUCUAAAUUUUAUGUCCAAUGUUGGAGAUCCCCGGAAUAUAUUUUCUAUUUAUUUUCCACUUUGGUUUCAACUUAAUCAGACAGUUGGAACCAAGAUGAUAUGGGUAGCAGUCAUUGGGGACUGGUUCAAUCUUAUUUUUAAAUGGAUAUUAUUUGGUCAUCGGCCUUACUGGUGGGUCCAAGAAACUCAGAUUUACCCAAAUCACUCAAAUCCAUGCCUUGAACAAUUCCCCACUACUUGUGAAACAGGUCCAGGAAGUCCAUCUGGCCAUGCAAUGGGCUCAUCCUGUGUCUGGUAUGUCAUGGUGACAGCUGCCCUGGGCCACAUGGUCAAUCAGAUGGAUAAGUUAUCUAACACUCUGCACAGACUGACCUGGUCAUUUCUUUGGAGUCUUUUUUGGUUGAUUCAAAUCAGUGUCUGCAUCUCCAGAGUAUUCAUAGCAACACAUUUUCCUCAUCAAGUUAUUCUUGGAGUAAUUGGUGGCAUGCUUGUGGCAGAGGCCUCUGAACACACUCCAAGCAUCCAAUCAGCCAGCCUGAGCACAUACCUGAAGACCAACCUCUUCCUCUUCCUAUUUGCACUUGGCCUUUACCUGCUUCUUGGACUGCUUGACAUUGACUUGCUGUGGUCCGUGCCCAUUGCCAAGAAGUGGUGUGCCAAUCCCGACUGGAUCCACAUUGACACCACACCCUUUGCUGGACUCGUGAGAAACCUCGGGGUCCUCUUUGGCUUGGGCUUUGCAAUUCACUCAGAGAUGUUCCUGAGGAGCUGCCGAGGGGAAACCGGCUAUGGGCUGAGCUUCCGGCUGCUCUGCGCGGGGGCCUCGUUGACCACGCUGCAGCUCUACCAUUUCAUCAAGAUCCCAACCCACGCAGAGUAUUUAUUUUAUGUGCUGUCUUUUUGUAAAAGUGCAUCCAUCCCACUGACUGUGGUUGCCUUCAUUCCCUACUGUAUGCAUAUUUUAAUGAAACCAAGAGAAAAGAAGAUUAAUUAGACUUGUGCAGAGGGUUUGUGCCUUGUGGUCCCAGGAUGACCCUCCUCCUCCAUCCUCUGGCACAACCACAGAGCAGCGAGAGACUGGAGGCUUCCAUUUGGAAGUCACAAAAUGGAGGCCACAGCCCCAACCCACCCACAUGUUUCGUUUGGCCUUCCCUGUGGGUCCCCGUCCCCCUUUUAAAAUUAGUUUCCAACUUAAAUGUUUUUAAAUAAACCAAGAUAUUUGACCAAAAAAAUCCGAAUUUCUGUAUUUUCUUGAAAAAUCUGAUUAUAUGGUAACACGAGGACUGCAUUCCCACCUGGAGACAAUCCACCGUUGCUGACUGUCCCCAAUAGAAGACACGCACUCUCCAUGCUGUCACAAUUUUCAGAACCCCACAGGACCCCUAGUGUCAGAUAACUGUAUCAUCUUAAAUUCAGGCUGCUUCUGGCUCCUGUGAGCAUUUCAAUGGAAGUCAAAUCUGAGCCCCUCAGUUUUGAGAUAAGGAAAUGGAGGUUUAUUCAGGUGAAAGAAUUCCCUGCUGUCACCACCAUCAGUAUAGGAUUUAGAACGCAAGUCUCCUGAUGUGUAUUUCCAUUACACAUGUUUUGUUUCUUCGUGAGGUAAACAUCUGUAAGAAUGAAUGCUUUUACAUAGAUUCUAUGAUGUUUGCUAUGUGAAUCAGCUAUUUUCCCCCCAAAUGACAUUAACAUACCACAUCCUGUUUGAC